GCUGGUCGGCGGGUUGCAGGGGAGUUCCUCUAGACAUAAAGCUCUACUGGGCCACAUUAGAGCUUCAUGACCUUCCCUCGUUUAGCUCACUGUUCCUUCGUCAUACUACUGCUACUGAAACUGAAACAACUACUGGUAAAGAUUUUUUGAAAGGAAAGAUGGCUGUGAUGGUGAAACUGGAGAAGUUUCGAGAGCAGAUUCGCACAGAACUGGACAACGUAGUGAACUUCUGGCUCAGAUAUUCUCAUGACACUAUACAUGGAGGCUUCUUUACUUGUAUUGGGAGAGAUGGAAAGGUUUAUGAUGAACUGAAGUACGUCUGGCUGCAGGGUAGACAGGUGUGGAUGUAUUGCCGCCUGUACCAAACCAUGGAUCGCUUCCACAAGCCUGAAAUCCUUGAAGCAGCAAAAGCUGGAGGAGCAUUCCUCAGAAAGUUUGCUCGUGUGUCCAGCAGCAGUGGUCAGUGGAAAUGUGCCUUCUGCUUAACAAGAGACGGUAAAGCUGUUAAAAUCCAGAGGACAAUAUUCAGUGAGUGUUUCUACAUUAUGGCCAUGGAUGAACUGAGCAGGGUCACUGGUGACAAGGACAUGCAGCUGGAGGCUGAACAGAUGAUGGAGCAGUUGAUCUACUGGGUUCAGGUGGACUCAUCAGGUCUGGGCCGGCCCCAGCUUCCUGGAGACGUUCCCACCAACAGCAUGGCAGUUCCCAUGAUGCUGUUGUGUCUGGUGCAACAGCUGACUGAAGGCCGGGGGCAGGAGGUGAUUCAGAAGUACAGAGACCUGGGCAGCUGGUGUGUACAACAGAUUCUACAGCACAUCCAGAGAAAUGGCACUGCUAUUUUAGAAAAUGUGUCACUGGAUGGAGCAGAGCUGCCAGGUUGCCAGGGCCGCCUGCAGAACCCAGGCCAUGCACUGGAAGCAGGCUGGUUUCUGAUUGACUACAGUGCAAAGCUGGGGGAUGAGGAGCUCCAGAGGACUGCCAUUAACAAGUUUGUGGAGCUUCCUUAUCAGUACGGCUGGGAUAAACAGCAUGGUGGCCUCUUCUAUUUCCUGGAUGUGGAUGGUCACUGCCCCACACAAUUGGAGUGGAGUAUGAAGCUGUGGUGGCCUCACUGUGAGGCUCUCAUCGCCUUCCUGAUGGCCUACAGUCAAACCAAGAAGCCAGAGUUGCUGGAGAGAUUUUCGCAGGUUUAUGAAUACACUUUCAGCCAUUUUCCUGAUGCUAAGAACGGUGAGUGGUAUGGCUAUUUGACACAAGAAGGGAAAGUGGCACUGGAUUUUAAAGGUGGCCCCUUUAAAGGGUUCUUCCAUGUGCCGCGCUGUCUGUACAUGUGUGAGCGGAUUCUGGAUGAUCUGCUGGCGAGCACGGCCUGAGCGCAUGGACAUGAAUGUUGUAACAAAGGAAUGUGAAUUUGAUUUUUGGCUGUGUUCACUAAAUCAAACCACACUAAUCAGGCUGUAAAGUAAAAUUGCACAAAUUUUCAAAUUUGCAUUGCUGUAAAGUUACUUGUGUCAUCUCAUCACAAGCAUCCAGUCACUGAGCUCAGAUGUGCUGGGAAGUGAUAUUGUAGCAAUACUAGUGCCAGCAGUAAAACAGUAGUCUGCUUUUUACAGUGUAUCUUCUUGCACCAGUGACAGUUUGUAUUAACAGUAAUGAAGGUUUUCCUGACUAAAUCAAGUUUUUCUUACCCUGCACCCAUGUGAUGUCCCUGUAAGUCGCUAAAAAGACCAUCUGGUGAAUAUUACAACUGUAUUGUGAGUGUUCUUCCUGUAAUGAAAUUCGAGUUCACUGACUAAAAUACCCAAAGUACAGGAGCCAGUCAACUAGGACACCUAAAACAACAGUCCUGCAUCAGAGCCGAUAGCCAGACAUUUGGACUAACAAUGACAUCUACAUGCAAUUUUGAUUUACUGCUUCACCUGGCUGAACGUCUUUGGACUGUAGAAGGAAGCCCACGCAGAAACUCCAUCCUGGGCUGGAGGUCGAUCCAGCCUGUUGUUGACCACUGAGGCACUGUCCCUCCCUCAUCAUACAAACUACAACAUUAACACUAAAAACAUGUCAAAAUGUGCCUUCCACAUGCACAUAGAAGUGCUGAGCCGACAGUAACCCUUUAAAAAGCAUGUAUUUUGAUGGCCUGUUCAUUCCAGUUCAUACAGCUAAAGCAAUAACUCUGCUAAACUUUUAAUCAUCACAGUUGUGUUUAUAACAUGCUGGUGAACCAUAAUAUAUGUCAGAGAGACAUUAAAGCUACAGUAUUUUACUGUUAGUAAUACAAUUGGCAUCUGCAGACUUAUCAGCCAGUAAAUGAAUUAUAUACUGAAAUAGUAGAGCAAUAAUUAAAUUUCCAUUGUGAUGUUAACUAAUUAUUUAAUUGAACUGAUUUGUACUUGGAGGUAAUGAUACACAAGUUGCAGAUGUGACCAGUUUUUGGAGGACAUUCUAUGAAGCCCAUCGCCCCCUAAAGGUCGAUUUGAUUGAGUCAGUUAAUAACUGAGCCAUAUGUGUUUAGUAGAGCAAUUUAAAGCUGCAGCAGUUUGUUGUACAGACUGUGUGAGUACAGCCAGAAAAUAAAUCUAUAACAUUAUCGUGAUAAAUAAACUCAAACUUCCUUCCUUCA